AAACUCACCCCUGUACUCGCACCCCGCGCUAACGUAGAGCUCAGCUCCUCCCCUAUGGUAUUUCCCACAAUAACAACCCGGGUCGACACACUGCCUCUGUCAUUUUGUGUCUGGCCCCUCCACUCCUCUCCCUGUCCCUCUUUCUACCCCUCAUCUCCAGGGACCCUGACCAGUCCGAGGACGAACACCUCCUGGUUUCACGUAUGAACUGGACCGGACGAAAGCAGCACAUCAGCAGAACUGAGAAAUCAACAUGCGCAACAUCACAGGAUGCCCAGUGAAAAUGCAGAGGAUGUUAAGUGAGCUGAUGUUCCUGCUGGGAGUCAUUGGUUUGAGUUACGGUGCCAUUCAGAGGCCUGACUAUGAUGAUACACCCAACCCAGAGUUCCUCAACCCGUCCUGGAUGGCCACUAUCCCUGAUGACCAGCCGUUGUCUGAGGUCACCAUGCCAGGGACCCACAACACCAUGGCCCUGUACGGAGGCGUGUACGCCGAAUGCCAGACAUGGAGCCUGGCCUCUCAGCUCCAAGCAGGCGUCCGCUUCCUGGAUGUGCGCCUGCGUCACGUCAAGGGGAACCUCACCAUCCAUCACGGGGUGUCCUAUCAGCGCGCCCACUUCGGCCAUGUGCUGGAGGGCGUCACUGACUUCCUGCGAGAGUAUCCCAGUGAGGCCGUGCUGAUGCGUGUGAAGGAGGAGUUCAGUGAGACAUAUGACAUCUACGGUGCUGUGGUGGACUACAUCAACCGAUACGCUCACUGGGACCUGCUGUGGCACAGCCGGCUCGUUCCAACCAUGGGAGAAGCCCGAGGGAAACUCAUCAUCCUGCAAGACUUUUCUGGGCCAGACUUAGGGAUGCGUUAUGGAUCCAUGGACAUAGCAGACAACUGGAGGGUUCCCACACUUCUGCACGUGGAGGAGAAAUGGCAGAGCGUCUAUGAACACCUGGAAGCUGCACCUACAGGAAACAAGGCCCAGAUCUUUCUCACCUACAGCAGUGGAGCUGGAGUGUUUGCUUACCCUAGAGCCGUCGCUCAGCGCAUCAACGCACAACUGUACGACUACCUGAGGGCCAAGACAGACCUGAACCAGCGCCUCGGUAUCAUAUGCAUGGACUUCCCUGCCGCACCCAUUAUUCAAAUGAUCAUUGACUUCCAACUAAAAGUGGACGUAAAGAGAAGACAGGCCUUUAAUCCAAUUCCUAGCAAGGCAAGUUUGAAAUAUACAAUUUCUUCACUGAGAGAGAAGAUGAAUAAACAUUUUAAUCUUAGUGUCUGAAAAUAAGCAUGUGCAGGGAACAGUAGACUAAUUAAUGACUGUACAACCAAUGAGGCAUCACUCUGGCCACCAGAUACAGAAGUUGUAGCUUGGAUGCAAUAGUGUGGUCUAACCACACUACUGUAAUGAAUAGGACAUGAAUUAUACCUCAGUUGAAACCUCACCAAAGUCAAAUAAAUAUAUGUGAAAUAAUAUUUUUCACAUAUUCACACACUAGUCAGGUCAUUUGGUUGUUGUAUUAAAGCCAAAAUAAGCCAAAUAAUAACUUUGUACCAUCCUAGCUGGAAAAAUAAACAGUCCAACACUUGA